AUGCGAAGGCAGCAGUUCCACCAACACCGACGACCAGCCAUGACGAGCGAGCAGUUCCGAACGACGCUCGAGUUGCUCGUGAAUCGAACUGACCCACGAAAGGAUUACUGCGAGUUGGCCAAGAUCGGAGAGGGCUCUACGGGUGUUGUCUAUCUCGCUAAAGAGAUCGCCACGGGGAAGAAAAGUUGCGGUGAAGAAGAUGAACAUUCGGAGGCAGCAACGCAGGGAACUACUCUUCAACGAGGGUUGCUUCAGGCAGUUAUUUUUGCUCAGCCUUGCCUGUUGCGAAUAGCCAACCUCUCAGAGCCCCAGAUUGCAGCUGUUCUUCGCAGUUGUCUCAAGGCUCUCGAUUACCUCCAUUCGAAGGGCGUCAUUCACAGAGACAUAAAGAGCGACAGCAUUCUACUCUCUCGAGAUGGAAAAGUAAAGCUGUCAGACUUUGGAUUCUGUGCGAGAGUUUCAUCAGAUCAUCCUCGGAGGAAGUCUCUGGUGGGGACUCCGUACUGGAUGGCUCCUGAGGUUAUCAAGAGACAGAGCUACGGGGCUGAGGUGGACAUCUGGUCUCUGGGUAUCAUGGUGAUAGAGAUGGUGGAUGGGGAGCCUCCACUGUUCCACUGCAGACCUACUGAGGCCAUGCAGUUCAUCAGAGACCACAGCAACCCCUCUCUCAGACACCCUGAGAAGGCAUCUCCUCUGCUACUGGACUUCCUCAGUAAGGCUCUAGUCAGAGACGGAGAGCAGAGAUCAACUGCAAGAAAACUGUUACGUCAUCCGUUCCUGAAACAAGCUGCGUCUCCGAGUUCACUGGCACAGCUGCUGAGAACUGUUCCUCUGUUUUAGUAUAUAGAUGUUUGUCCUGGAGUUCUGAAUGUGUUGUUGUAAAUGUGGCGUCUGUGUUUGUGUAUUCUGUUGUUUGUGAAUCACAAAUCAUCCUCUCAAAUCAAUGACAUGACACAAGUAUCUUGUAUGUAUGUAUACUGAAUGUUAUUUUUGAAUGCGAGUUGAUUUUGAACUUAUUAAACGUGGUUUUUAAAACAUUUUUUCCGACCUAUAAAAAUCAAAAAUACUUUACUGAACUAUGCCACUGCACAUCACAUUAACCUCCAGAUUAAAAUACUUUGACUCCGUUAGCUGGGUGUGUGUGAUGACUGCGGGUAUGUAGAAUAUACUGAUGUUGCUCAAUUUCUCGGUGACAGUUGGACAUCUGUUAACCUCGACUCCUUCCUCAUCCAAAACCAACAACAUCAGUUGUAUCUCUGAAGAGAGAGGUAAUGGAUGACAUUUGUCGGGGGUCGCGAUUCGUACAGCCAAUGUGACUGCAUUUCCCUCAUCUCCGUGAAGACCAUAUGGAUAGAUCUGGAAUGUUAGCUUAGGAUUGUGCUUUCCUUGAUUUGCAUAGAGUUCAAGUUUUAAAGGAUGGGUGAUGUUGGCCUGGGAUUGGUGUCUCCAGAUUUGCUUUAAAAGGUCCACUCGCAGGACUUUCCAUGUGAAAAAAGUUGAUGAGCUAACACGAGACAUCCCACGAAGAAGCUUUUUUCGAAAAUCAUGGUGUGGCCUCUCCUUUUUUGCUACUAGAGGGAUUGGUUUAGUUUUACUUGCUGUCUCCACUGCCACAUCAUACGGUUCACCGAUUCCUGCAGAAUAUUCUGAUCCACUUAGGAAGCUAGAUGCACGGGAGGAUCCACUUAGGAGGCUAGAGGCACGGGAGGAUCCACUUAGGAAGCUAGAGGCACGGGAGGAUCCACUUAGGAAGCUAGAGGCACGGGAAGAUCCAUUUAUGACGCUCAAGGCAUGGUAAGGU